AUGUUGAAAAUUUAGUUUCAGUUAGACACCGCUUGUUAGUUUUCAUUAAUUCUCCAUACCAGUUUACUUCCUGGUUUGAACUAUUCGACAGAGCAGUAAAGAAAAAAGAGAUCGUGCAUUUGGUUAUAUUGCGGACAAUCUUAGUGAUUAUGUUAUCCAUAACGGUUAACUUGUAUUAUUUAUUCGUACAUAUUUAUGAGGUCUUUUGGCCAUCAAAAUUUUCAACUGUAACAGAUAAUCCAGAAGACCAAACUACAGUAGAGCUCCUAGGGGUAAAAAAAGCCCAAAGUGAGAUAAGACCACAUGUAGAAGACCAAACUGAGAUAAGACAUUUGAAAGAUCAAAUUGAUAUAACACAGGAACAAAACCAUCAAACUGAAGAGGACAAAACUAAGAUAAAAUAUGUAGAAGGCGUAACUGAGCUCAGAUGCCAAGACCAAAGUAAGAGCUAUCACCAAGGACAAGAAUUUGUGACUGACUACCAAGAAAAAGAUAAAACUAAUAAAUGCCAGCAAGAAGAACACCAGGUUGAAACAGACCACCGAAAAUACCAAAGUCAGAUAGACUACCAAGAAGACCAAACAAAGAUAUACUCCGAAGAAAAUGCAACAAAAGGAGACCACCAAGGAGAAUACCAAACUGAGACAGACCUCCAAGAAAGUCAAACUGUGAUACACCCGCAAAAACAUGCCCCAAAAAUAUGCCACCAAGAAGAUCAAAUUAAGACAUACCUCCAAAAACAUGAAUCUAAGACUGACGACCAAAAAAAACCUAAAACUGAGAAAAUCCGCAAGAGUAAAAAGAAGAAGAAGAGACGCGAACAAGUGCAUCAAACUGAGAUUUACAACCAAGAAGCCCAAACUGAGACGGGUUCCAAAGAAGAACUUUCCAAGCAAAAAUCUAAACCGGAAUUCCAUGACACCAGUCAAGAUCAUAAUCCAAAUCUGGACUUCUACAGAAAUGAAAGAAAGUCUGAACCAGAUGGUGAUUAUAUAGAAAACAUUCUAGAAAAAUGGUUUGGUGAUUACCAGAAGCUGGAACGUCAUCAUGGCUAUAUCCAGUGGUUGUUUCCCAACAGAGUUGCAGGUUUGAACAGACAGGCUUUCUGUCUCAAUGAUUAUGAGAUUCAGGAGAUAUCUAAAGAUGAACUCUUAAAAAGUAGAGUGAUAAGGAGCUUUCGUUUGAUGCUGGAUUUCUAUGGCAUGUCUAUGGAUGAUAACUGCAAGUUUAGUUUAUCACUUUCUGACAGUGACAGAAUCAAAAAUUUGAAAGAAAGCUAUCAUAAUUUCUUGAGAAUCACCAGAAUCCUAGUAGCCCUUGGAGAAUUUGGCUUGAGGAAAGAACAGAGUAACUGGUUAGAUUUCCUGAAGUCUAUGGUUGAACAUGAAAUUCUUAAAGAAGCCAACUAUUCUCUUCGAAAUUUCUGGAUUCCAGCUGUUCAAGACUUUGGAGAAUAACUCAGUUCAAAUUCUGAAAAUAUUAAUGAAUAUUAGAUGUAGUUUAUUGUGAUUUCUAUAAUUUUAUAAGUGCCUUAUAAUAUUCAGUAACUUCCUUUUUCACAUAUUGGUUUCAAAUUUUGCCAGGUUCUGAUUUAAAUUUCACACCUCUCUGGGUCACAUACUGCAUAUAAACUGAAACAUCUAUUUCCUCUACUAUACAAUUUUUAGAUCAGUACCAGACCAGUUGUCUUGCAAAUUUGGAACUGAAGGUGUCGCAGAUUUCUGGAAAAAGUCUAGUUAGCUCGUAAGCUUAGAAAGUCUCUGAAGCUACAUCAGACAUUAUAUUAAGAUCGUUAAGAAACCUGGGAGGUUGAUCGGAUCACCAUUAUAGAAGAUGUACCCCUUCAACAAUACUACAUGUACUAGUAAGACUAGAAAUGUAGCAUAAGGUGGUGCAUGGAAGGGGUUUGUAAGGACAGUAACACGGCAUACAUUGGGAAGACUCCUACAACUUUAACGGAGAGACUAAGCGAACACUGGUGUGAGUAUAAUGAUGGGAAACAGUUGUCCAUAUUCUAUCAGCAUGCCAAAGACCAACAUGGCAGCAUACAUGACCUAAAUGACAUUUGCAUUUUGUCCAAAUACCCAAAGGACUGGUCACUUAGACAAAUACAAGAGUAUGUCUUCAUAAAUGAAACAUUACUCAUAUUGACCUCAAUGCCAUGGAUACCACUCAUGCAGUGUACAUACAUAUAUGUAUCCGUGUGGACGUCCACCUACAUGCCUACCAGGCAGGAAGGCAGGUAUGUAUACAGCAUCAUACUUAGACGCAUAGAUAGAUAGAUAAAUAGGUAGAUAGAUAGGCAGUCAGGUAGGUAAAUAGGUGGGUAGAUAGAUAAAUAAAUAAGUUGGUAGUUAGAUGGUUAGAUUAAUUAAGUAAAUUGUUAGUUAACAUACAACAUGGAAAAAUACAAGCAUGAAGAGUAAUAUUAUAAACCUGGAAAAGUACAGGACAAGUUAUUACACCUGUAAAAGUAUAAUUCUAUCACAACAUAUAUUUAAAUUAAACAUGAAAAAAAUUAAAAUAUUUUCAUCACUUA